AUGGCCCUCAAGCACACUGCUGAAGUAGUGAAAGAAGGCUAUGAGAAAAUCAAGGGGACUCCAGGCCAAAGUAGGAUUCCCGAGAAGGUGUUGGCGCCCUGGGAGUUAACAAAGCGUGGUGGCGUCCAAGACAUCUUUUUACAAGGGAAACAGUUCCAUGAAGCCUUGGAAAGCAUACUUUCACCCCAGGGGAACAUAAAAGAGAGAGAUGAAGAAAUCCUCAAAUGUGGCUACAUCGAAAGCAUCCAACAUAUUCUGAAAGAUGUCAGUGGAGUGCGGGCUCUUAAAAGCGCUGUUCAGCAUGAGACCUUAAAGUAUGUAGGUCUACUGGACUGUGUGGCUGAGUAUCAGGGCAAGUUGUGUGUGAUUGAUUGGAAGACAUCAGAGAAACCAAAGCCUUUUAUCCAAAAUACAUAUGACAACCCUCUACAAGUUGUGGCAUAUGUGGGUGCCAUAAACCAUGAUGCCAACUACAGUUUUCAGGUUCACUGUGGCCUGAUUGUGGUAGCUUACAAAGAUGGAUCCCCUGCCCACCCACAUUUCAUGGAUGCAGAGCUCUGUUCCCAGUAUUGGACCAAGUGGCUUCUUCGGCUAGAAGAAUAUGCAGAAAAGAAAAAGAACCACCGUAUUCAAAAAACAGAUUAGAGUUGGUUACAGUGGUGUAGACCUGUAAUCCCGUCUGUUUGGGAGGCAGAGGCAGGAGAAUCACAAAUUCAAGGAUAGCUUGGGUAACAGUAAAAUCUUGUUUCCAAAUAAAAAAUAAGGGCUGGGGGUGUAACUCAGUGGUAGAGCACCACUGGGUUCAAUCCCCAGUACUGGAAAAGAAAGAAAACAGGAUAGUAUACCUUUUAGGAAUAUUAAGUACUUUCUCAUUGUUUAGACAGAUUCAUUGCUAUUCACUCUUCUAAAAGAGGAGAUAUGUCUGAAUCUUAAAACCUAUAUGAACACAAGAAGAAAUAUUAAUUGAAAAUAUGUUGUUGGCCUGAACACAAGAAGAAAUAUUAAUUUGUUGAAAAUGUGUUGUUGGGCUGGGGCUCUAUCUUAGUUGGUAGGGUGAUUGCCUAGCACAUGUGAGGCACUGAGUUCAAUCCUCAGCACCACAUAAAAAUAAAAUAAAGGUAUUGUGUCCAUCUACUAUAAAAAAAUAUUUUAAAAAGAAACAAAACGUGUUGUUACUAAAAAGCCAGAAAAAUUUAAGAUUUAAAGAGCUAGAUAAUGGCAUGUGAACUAUGCUGCCUCUUAUUAUUUACCUGAAAAGAGGGCAAUUAGGAUUGGUAACCACAUUUGUAGAACUUCUGUGUUUCUGGUACAAUGCCCAGUCUUUGAAUUGAGAUUGGAAGGCAUUGAGGCUUGAUGUGCUAAGCAUUUCCCCAAGGUUCACAGGGAGAGAAGGGGCAUAUCCCCAGGGGUGUAAAGGUUGAGAGAGACCUUUAUACUUGUUCUGUACAAUUCUGUAUUUGUGUGUGUUCUCCCCACAUCCCCAUACUGCAUAUAUUCCUGUAACCUGUAAUUUCCCCAGCAUGUAUGUAGAAUGAGGAUAUAUAUUAGCCAGUCACCACUGCCAAUGCAAUUUCCUAAAACUUGCUUUUACAUAUUGGGGUUCUCUAUAUAUUUCAUUUAAGGGGAAAACUUAUAUUGAACACUAACUGCAUACACAUGUGAUUAUUUAACCUGGAGUAAGCAUUGCUAUCUGUAAAGAUGGAGCACACUUACCAUUUCAUUGACAGUAUGGCAUACCACAUAACCCCUAGAAGUAGCCAGACAUGUGGAAAUUGUCACUGUAGGUGUUUAGUAACUGCUUCUAGUGUCAGUCAGCUGAUGCUGUACAUAAAAUUUUUAUUUAGAACUUUGUAGCUAUGGGAACACUAACAAAAUCCAUUAAGUUUUUUCUAUGUUUGAUAAGUAAUAAGUUGUUCUUGGGUUUGAGAAAGUUAAAUAAAUACCUGUUAUUGCCCUGGGGGAA